AAAUAAAAGACCUCGAGUUUCAAUCUCCCAGGCAACGCCUAGCAAAUCCAACGAUUCAUUUUCUAGAAGUGGUUUCCAUUUCGGAUCGUGAUCCGGUUGCGCUUCUAGUGAAAGGGAGGUGUGGCUAUCAGUUUCUCCAGUGAAGGGAGGAGCUGGCACCGCACAAAAAUGCAGCAUUUCACUAGCUCCUGUGCAAUAAUCGGGUAAAGCACAUUUUUUGUUAAAACACAAAUCUGGAACAUGUUCCCCCGUUAGCGUGAUCCAUGUAUUAUUGGAUCUUUUCGGCCUUGAGUGGGCGAGCAAACGCGAGGAGCACCAGUGUCGCCAAAUAUGAUGGCUUUUCUGUGGUAGGAUGAGAAGCCCAGUGCCGCGUUUCAGGGACGUCGAGAGGCAGGCCAGCAGCCUGCAGCCCGCACAGUGUCUUCCUCCCUGUCAUGAGCGACCGAGCAACAUGUGGUUCAUCAAAGAUGCCUGCGGCAUCAUUUGUGCGAUCAUCACCUGGCUUCUCGUCUUCUUUGCCGAGUUCGUCGUGCUGUUCAUCAUGCUGAUUCCAUCGAAGAACCUCACUUACAGCCUGGUGAAUGGCAUCAUCUUCAACAGCCUGGCCUUCCUCGCCUUGGCGUCUCAUUUCAGAGCCAUGUGCACUGACCCGGGAGCCGUGCCAAAGGGCAACGCCACGAAGGAGUACAUCGAGAGCUUGCAGCUGAAGCCAGGCCAGGUGGUUUACAAAUGUCCCAAGUGCUGCAGUAUUAAGCCGGACAGAGCUCACCACUGCAGUGUUUGUAAGCGCUGUAUACGGAAGAUGGAUCAUCAUUGCCCUUGGGUAAACAAUUGCGUCGGGGAAAAUAACCAGAAGUACUUUGUGCUUUUCACAAUGUACAUUUGCCUGAUCUCUCUGCAUGCCUUGGCCAUGGUGGUCUUUCAUUUUCUCUACUGCUUUGAAGAUGACUGGACGAAAUGCAGUACCUUCUCCCCUCCAGCCACUGUCAUCCUCCUCAUCCUCCUGUGCUUUGAGGGCCUCCUCUUCCUCAUCUUCACCUCUGUGAUGUUUGGCACCCAAAUCCAUUCUAUCUGCACAGAUGAGACGGGCAUAGAGCAGUUGAAAAAGGAAGAGAGAAGAUGGGCUAAAAAAACAAAAUGGAUGAACAUGAAGGCGGUAUUCGGACACCCCUUCUCGAUAGCAUGGUUUAGCCCGUUUUCCACACCCGACCACGGGAAAGCUGACCCCUACCAGUAUGUGGUCUGAGCUCAGGAAGCUUUAAGCUAGAGACUCGAGUGCACUUGGACUGCCCUUAUAAAACAGCGUCUUUUAAUUUGUUUGUAAUCCCGGCUCAAGCGGAGCAUUUACCACCGAGACGAAAUCACCUUCAUCUUCUUAUUAUUUUUUUUUUUUUUUCAGGGAAUGAAUCAUUGCAUAUCCAAUUAUCCUUGCCUCUAUUUAUUUUAAUUAAGAACAGAAAGUGGACGCUUUAUCAUGUCAUAAUCUCAAGCGUCUCUGCCUAGCUACACCGAAAUGAAGAGGAAUGUUGCGCAGAUAAUAGAGGCCAAUUUAUGCUAAUAUAAUCACUGUUGUAAUCUUGUCAGACUGUCCACAAUGAUAGCCUACUUUCUGAAGGUCCUUCUGUUAAUUUUCUUUAUACCUAGCUACAGUAUAAUACUCCUGCCCUUUCCUGGUUAACACAAUAAGAGCACUGACAACCAUUCGCUAAAAUGGUUUAUUAAGCUUACAGAUAAUAUAUAUUUAAAUGCUUUUUACCAAGGAUGAUAACUGUAACGAUAACUAUAAAUCAUUCUAUGAGAAUAGUGAAGUGCACACCACAGCUGCUUUAUAACAAUAACAGUAUCAUUGGAUCAAUCAGAACCAUUUUUAUCCAGCUCAUGAAUUAUUAAAAACAGUAACAGCCAAUCAGAAUCGACCAGACUUUAAAGAGCUCAAGCAUUUAUAAGCACUUCUAAAAGUGCUUAUAAAAAACAUAUAGUUGUAGUUCUCCUUAUAUUUAUCAUUCUUGGUAUGAACAGGCCUUAAGGGGAUAGUUCACCCACAAAAUUAAAAUUUUGUCAUUAAUUACUCGUUCCAAACCUAUUAAGACAUUCGUUCAUUUUUGGAACACAGAUUAAGACAUUACUCUCUAUACAGGGUCAGAAAGCUCUCGGAUUUUAUCAAAAAUAUCUUAAUUUGUCUUCUUAAGAUGAACAAAGGUUUGAAAUAACAUGAGGGUGAGUAAUUAAUGACAGAAUUUUUGGGUGAAUUGUCCCUUUAACAUUAUUGACUUUGGCUGUAUACAAAAUAUAAAAAGUAUAUAAACAAUAUAGGAAGUUUAACAGGGGUAUAAAUAUGUUCUGACAAAACUUGGCUUCAAAUGAUUCUAAACUAAAUUAUGCAGUCAUGACAUUUGAUCAUGAUUUGGUCUGAGUAUUAUUGAAAAAGGUAAUAAACAAAUGUAACUAAAGAGAGUAAUUGAAUAUUGACCAAAUGAUACACCGGUUUUUACAUUCACAAGUAUUGCAAAACGAAAUUGAUCUGUUAUUAAAUUCCAUAAUCAGUGCAUUGUCAGAUCAUUUCUACACCCCUAAAUCUUGACAUUGAAAAUAGUUCCAUUGAAAUGAUAAUUACUUUUUAAAUGUAAAAAAUGUGUUUUGAGAUAUCAUGAGGACAUUUGUUGUUAUCCACAAGAUUUUUAGUGAUAACAGGAUAACAGAUGUUACUCAGCUGUCCUAUCUACAGAAUCCCGUUUCCACCUUUGAUAAAAAAUAAAAAAAGGUAAUUGCGACUUGAGUUGAGUGAUAUCAACUUGCAAUUCUGAGAAAUAAAGUCAGAAUUGCAAGAUAAAAACUCUCAAUUUGGACUUUUCUCGCAAUUGCAAGUUUAUAUCUCAACUUUUUGUCUUUUUUUCUCUGAAUUGCAUGUUACAAAGUUACAAUUCAGACUUUUUUUCAGAAAUGUGAGGUAUAAACUCGCAAUUCUGAGAAAUUAAGUCAGAAUUGUGAGAUAAAAACUCACAAUUUGUACUUUUCUUGUAAUUGGAGUUCAUAUCGACAUAUCGAGAUAUCGACUUCUUUUAAUUCUGAGAAAUUAAGUCAGAAUUGUGUUAUAUAAACUUGCAGUUCUGAGAAAUAAACCCAUAAUUGCGAGAUUAAAAACUCUAAAGUCUGACCUUCUCGCAAUUAUAUCUCAACUUUUUUUUUUUUCUCUAAAUUGCAUGUUACCAAGUUACAAUUAUGAAAUGUGAGGUAUAAACUCACAAUUCUGAGAAAUUAAGUCAGAAACUCAACAAUUUGUACUUCUUGCAAUUGGAGUUCAUAUUGACUUUUUUCCCCCUCACACGUCUGACUUUUUUUCUCUGAAUUGCCAUUAUAAAGUUACAAUUCUGACUUCAUUUCUCAGAAUUGCGAGUUUAUACCUUACAAUUCUGAGAAAUAAAAUCAGAAUUGUGAGAUAAAAACUAACAAUUUGUACUUUUCUUGCAAUUGCGAGUUUGUAUCUCGACUUUUUUUUCAGAAUUGUGAGAUAUAAACUGUUUAAAAUUCAUAACAUGAGUUAUAAAGUUCAGUUUUGAGGGAAAAAAAGACUAAUAUGUUCUCAGAAUUGCAAGUUAAUAUCUCACAAUUCUGACUUACUAACUCUCAAGUUCUGUUAUAAAGUCAGAAUUGCAUCAGUUCUGAGAAAAAAGGUCAGAAUUGCAAAAUGUGAACUCUGUAUAACUUGCAGUUGUGACUUUAUAUCACGCAGUUCUGAUUUUAUAACUUGCAAUUGCGAGUUUAUAUUACACAAUACUAACUUUAUAACUCACAA